AUUUGCAUUUCAGAAAGCCUGGAGAAUGGUUUGGAGCAAGGCCGGAUUGGGCUCUGGCAGCCACGGGCGAUGGAAGUCUGAGGAGACUGCUGGGCCGGUUCUGAGGGCGGAAGGGCAGGUGGAAGCAGAACUGAAGGGAAGUCAGGAUUUGGAGGAGAACCAGAGUUUAGUCACCACAAAGCCAUUAGGAGAUGUCUGGAUUGAGUUGGAGAUGUGUGGGUCUCUGUCCAGAAUGGGGUCCUGGGUGGGGGGAGCACACAGAUUUAGAAGAUUUAACAGAGUUUUAAACAUUUUAAUUCAGAGGCUGGGCAUAGUGGGUGAGGCAUGACUUUAAUCCCAGCACUUGGGAGUAGGGGCAGGUGAAUCUGUGAGUUCAAGGCCAGCCUGUUCUACAAAGUGAAUUCUAGGACAACGAGAGCUACAUAGUGAGACCCCAUCUCCAAAAAAGAAAAACCACAAGUACUGAACUUAGUUUUCUCACUGCACUCACUCCCAUCUUCGGAGCGGCUGUCUAGAGUGCCACUGCUAGGAGAGUGUUUUCCCAUGCCCUCGUACAGACAGCUCUUAGGAGAGUGCCAGGCCAGUACCAUCACUCCCGGCGACAGAGUCUGAGGCCAUGGUUCUUGUUCCCCCACAGACCUUCUGUUCACCAGCUGCUGACCCGGCCCUCCUCUUCCUGAUCCUGAGGACGUCCUGACAUGGUCGGCACUCGCCCGCCAUGGCUCCCCUCCUUUAUGUGUGUGCUGGGUUAGAGUGGGACGUGUCUUGUGAGGACUCAGCUCAUCUCCAUGUGUACCCACUGUACCCUGACGAUGACCAAGUGAUUCCAGCCCAGGCUGCUCUGCUCAGUUUCCGAGAAGGUAUCUGAGACUCGCCUGCAGCCUGAGAUGCCCUGCCUUGUCUCCCUCCCAAGCCGAGGAGCUGUCCUUAGCUGUCUGCUCACCUCAGGACCUGCGGCUCUAUUCUUCCAGGUGCUCAGACACCACUCACUUCUGACUCAAGAUGAUCUGAUGUCUGAAGUGAACUCUCAUCAACCAUGAUGGCUACACAGACGUUAAGUAUAGACAGCUAUCAAGAUGGACAGCAAAUGCAGGUGGUAACGGAGUUAAAAACAGAGCAAGAUCCCAACUGCUCUGACCCGGAUGCAGAAGGAGUGAGUCCUCCUCCCAUGGAGUCUCAAACCCCAAUGGAUGCCGACAAGCAGGCCAUUUAUAGGCAUCCGCUCUUUCCAUUACUCGCUUUGCUCUUUGAGAAAUGUGAGCAGUCCACGCAGGGCUCUGAGGGCACGACGUCUGCCAGCUUUGAUGUGGACAUUGAGAACUUUGUCAGGAAGCAGGAGAAGGAUGGGAAGCCCUUCUUCUGUGAAGAUCCGGAAACUGACAACUUAAUGGUGAAAGCAAUCCAGGUCCUGCGCAUUCAUCUUCUUGAACUGGAAAAGGUUAAUGAACUCUGUAAAGAUUUCUGCAGUCGGUACAUUGCUUGUCUGAAGACAAAAAUGAACAGCGAGACCCUGUUGAGUGGGGAGCCCGGGAGCCCGUACUCCCCUGUGCAGUCCCAGAUUCAAAGCGCCAUCACAGGCACUCUCAGCCCCCAGGGGAUCGUGGUGCCAGCAUCAGCCCUGCAACAGGGAAAUGUAACCAUGGCAACAGUGGCAGGUGGCACAGUGUACCAGCCUGUCACCGUCGUCACUCCACAAGGUCAAGUGGUCACACAGGCGUUAUCUCCUGGGACAAUUAGGAUCCAGAACUCCCAGCUUCAAUUGCAGUUGAAUCAAGAUCUCAGCAUCUUGCAUCAAGAAGAUGGCUCCUCCAAGAACAAGAGAGGCGUCCUUCCGAAGCAUGCCACCAAUGUGAUGCGGUCGUGGCUCUUUCAGCACAUCGGGCAUCCCUACCCAACAGAGGAUGAGAAAAAGCAGAUUGCUGCUCAGACAAAUUUGACACUGCUUCAAGUCAACAACUGGUUCAUCAAUGCCCGGAGACGAAUUCUCCAGCCAAUGUUGGAUUCCAGCUGUUCAGAGACUCCGAAGACAAAGAAAAAGCCUGCUCAGAACAGGCCAGUUCAGAGGUUUUGGCCAGAUUCCCUUGCCUCAGGAGUGACACAAGCCACACCCAGUGAGCUCGCCAUGUCAGAAGGUGCCGUCGUGACCAUCACCACACCUGUAAACAUGAACGUGGACAGCCUCCAGUCCCUGUCCUCAGACGGGGCCACCCUGGCUGUACAGCAGGUCAUGAUGGCGGGCCAGAGUGAAGACGAGUCGGUGGACAGCACAGAAGAUGACGGAGGUGCCCUGGCGCCCACGCACAUCGGCGGGCUGGUGCUGGAGAACAGCGACUCUCUGCAGUAGCCGGUCAGCAGGGCCAGCGCGGAGCCGGAGCCCCUGACUCUUGACUGUUUGCCCAGCAAACAUUUUACACAGUUUUCUUUGUAAUAUGUUUUAUAUGUAGAUAUAGAAGAGUGCACUUUUGUAUUUCACAGCAAGCUUCAAGAUGUCUUCGCUGGUGCAGCAACUUCCUUCCGAUGUGCGUGUGUGGGUUUUUAAUGCCGGAAACGUGAGGAGUGGCCCUGCCCCUGAGUCCCUGACGAGAUUAAGGAACAGUGCUGCCAUUUUCUAAACAAUUAUGCAGUUGCAAUUGAGUUCUGUGGUUUACAGCAGAUCUGGGGCUGCUGCUUGUGCGGCCCACAGGUCUGAAAGAUGAUCUGCACUUGGGCUGCAGGGCAAGAGGACGCUGGCCCUGGUGGGCUGUGAGUGCCCGCGACACACUGCGUUCUCUCUGGGCACCAUUGCCUGCUUCAUUUGCUAUAUAGAAAAAGAAACUCCUAUUUUUACCUUGCUGGGAUUAUUGGAUAAAAAGCUAUUUUUAUAAAUCAGUUAUUAAUUGGAUUAUGACUAUAUUGAGGAUAAAUUUCUAGAGAAGGAACAGCACAUGCUUGUCUUUCGAUUUGGGAUGUUCUGAAAGGCAGCUGCCCAUGCGCGGUCUCCUCGUCCCCGGGAGGAGGCUCGCCAUAACUGCUAAAAGGAAACAACCGCCAAGUGAACUUUUGAUAUCUCCAGUUUGUGUUCCUCUGUGAUGCUCAGAUUGCAUCUUACACUUGCUCUAGGCAUCUUACAGAGUGUACUCAGUAGGAUGUGUGGUGAGUGAGGGCCGACGCCAUGCAGUGCCCUUAGUGUGCCAUAGCUCUCUGCCAUGCCUAGUCCAGCCUAAUUCAAACCUGACUGCAGUUACAUGGCUGCCCAGCCAUGGUAACUGGGUGGUAAUUUUAGUUGUUGGUUUUUUGUUUUUCAUUUUUUUAGUUAAAACAUGUUAUACAUAGAAUGUUUAUUAUAAACUAAUAUAAAUGUGCUCUACCCCACUGGCUCAGAGCUGGGGUAAAUAUCAAACACCCAAACUGUCCUACAUAAUGGGCAGACAUCUGGAAGUUAGAACCAUGGAGGUAUCGUUUCAGUGGAUCCACUGUUGGCUCACAGGCGUCCAUGGCUCUCUGGCUGUCACACACUCUGGUUGCAUGUUGCUGCUUUCAUUUCCAGGGUCCUUCCCUUCCAGUUACCACUCACGAUUUAGGACAGUUUGGGGACUUCAUUUCCUGGCGUCAUGACAGAGCAGGCUGAGGUUUGGGGCUUUGCUUUUGGUUUACUUGGGAGGCUUUUUCUCCGAACACAAGUUCCCUGCUUCGUGUUGAGUAGCUGUAUUGUCACAGACGGUACCUAAGCCCACCUGCUGAUGGACAGCUAGGCAGAUGUCAAGGGUGCCAUGCCUUGGGACCCAAGGGUAGUGAUUGGUUAUGGACCAAGGUUACCUAGAGGGACAUCUUUAGCUAAUUCACAUUUUUUUUCUGCAACGGUUCACCGCCCUCCUCCCCCAAAUGUCUUGGUUCCGUUUAGUCAUGGAGCACACUUGGACAGCCAAGAAGUCAACAAGAAAAACAGGCUCUCCUUUCAAACCAUGUAAGGAGCCUGCACUACAAAAAACAAAACAACAAAAUAAAAUAAACAAAACCCAAAGACUUGCCAGCAACUCUUUUGAGGAGAGAAUAAUAUUUUAAGCAGUCUUUCCAUUACUUACUCACAAAUUGUUUUCAUGUUUUAAGUCAGGUAUCUAAAAGCCUGAAAGACUGGCUAUGUUGGGUUUAGAGUAGAAAUGCAUCGGCCUGUGAGCUCCUGCAGAGGUCUGCCACUCUCCCCAAAGGAAACAUAGUCCCUGCUGUCCCCCUGUGGGCCAGCUGGUGGCUGCUCUAGCUGGGAUUUGAACACAGUGAUGCCGCAUGUCCUUUCCAGUUGAGAUCAGCUUUCCUAAGCCCUGAACUCUCACCUGCUAAAUUCAGAGGGAUAGCAUGAAGAUCAUAAGAGAACCUGGGUGUGGUGGCACACUCCUGUAAUCCCAAUGCUCAGGAACUUGAGACAGGAGGGAAGCCUGGGCUACAUAACCUGACCCUGUCUAAAAAAAAAGAUUGUAAGAGAGCUGGCACAGGGUCCUAGCCUGAGUUCCUGUCCCCUCCCAUGCAUACUUCGACGCUUUUAAGUAGCUCCCGUGAGGCAAGCCGUUCUGUUUUUCACAACGACUGCCCAGCAUAUUUGUUGUCGUCAGUUGCACCUUGAAGACACUUGCUGCUGACUGGGCACUGUGGCAUGUGCCUGGAAUACAAGCACUUAGGAAGCUGAAGCAGGAGGAUCGCUGCAAGGCUGGCAUCAGUCUCUGGUGCGUAGUGAAACCCUGUCUCAAAAACCCAAGCAAAACUCCUGCUCUCCUUUCCUUGGCCUGUGGAGAAAAUCUGAAAGUACAUCUCCUUUGAGCUUUGUUUAAAUGGUCAGAUUCCAGCUUUCGUUCCUAGUAAAAUCCUCCCUAACAUUGGAGCCUUUUGAAUGUGUUCUGAGACCUACAGGCAACCCAUGUCAUUCCUGCUGUUUGGCUGCCUAGCAGAAAUCUAGACUGGCUGACCGCCCAUCUGGUGGGCUCGGUUUUCUCCUUUUUGAGUCCAGAUUGUCAAAUGGAAGUGUAUAUGCAAUAUGCACUGUGACCCUCUGGCUAAGGCUGGUGGGCCGCUGUGUAGCCUGCUGAGUGCCCCUGUUGGAGCAGUCGGAGCCUCCUUGCUCUGCUCUGCAUGGCUCCCUCACCCUGGCAGGGAACACCUACCCAUCCUGAAGGCUUCUCCUGCAGGGAGCGACAGAACUCGGCAGUCUGCCUUUUUCAGUUAAGUUUGGUCUUUGAAACUGACAAUCUUUAAAAUGUGAAUACUGUAACAAUAUGUUUUCUCGGAUUGUUGUCUUUAAAAGGAUUUUUUGUGAAGCAAUUGAUUUAUCAAAGAAAAAAAUUAAAAACAAAAACAUGC